AUUUGAAUAGGGGGAGGGCGACGAGGUCAUGAGUUGGACUGAAGGAUUAUUAGUGGCGAUUUUUUCUGGGAGCGUGAAGCGGGUUGGUUGUUGCAUUACCAUGAAGGCAGGCGAUGCUGUUGUGAUCUGCUGGCUUCUCUGGCUCCGGAGUGCCGACUGUCAUACACGUGAGCCCUUGCGGGCGGCUGAAUCACAUCCCCCUGCAAACGUUGCUGGAAUAGCUGAGCCUCAUCCGUCUGGAAAUACUUCUAAUGCAAGCUCGCUUAGUCUGCUUGAAGAGACUAGUCGGUCAAUGGAGGUAUUUCCUUGUCACAAUGUAGUACAGCUGAAUGGGUCCCAGUGGUGUUCAUUUGUAAAAGGCAAUGAAGACUGCAAGUUUGGAAGUGGCUUUAUUGACUACCUCCAAGGAGCUGUCUGUGGGUUUUGCCACAGUCUGCUGCCACUGGCUAUCGUGUUGUAUGCAGUAUGGUUGUUCUAUCUAUUCAUGUUCCUUGGAAUAACAGCUGAAAAAUUCUUUUGCCCAAACCUGGCUGCCAUAUCUACAAGUUUAAAGUUGUCACAUAAUGUGGCUGGUGUAACUUUCCUUGCCCUUGGUAAUGGAGCUCCUGACCUAUUCAGUGCAAUCGCAGCCUUUUCUGAUUCUAGAACAGCAAACCUGGCAAUUGGAGCUUUGUUUGGUGCUGGUAUAUUUGUGACCACAGUUGUUGCUGGAGGUGUUGGCUUUGCAAGACCAUUUACAGUAGCAUCGAGACCCUUUCUUCGAGAUGUAAUAUUCUAUAUGGCAGCAGUUUUCUGGGCUUUCCUAGUUGUCUACUAUGGGAGUAUUGAUUUGGGGCAAGCACUUGGUUACUUGGCUCUGUAUGCAGUUUAUGUGUUUGUGGUGAUCGUUAGCAGCAUAAUUUACCAGAAGAGCAAAAACGAGCUACAUACUUCCCUUUGUAAUAAUCAUUCGGAAAUCUGUGACACUGAGGAUGCAUUUCCAACGUGCAUCAGGAGAUCUAUACAUGAAAACUCAAGCGAGUAUCAAUCAUUAAUUGAAACAGAAGAAUCCAAAUCUACAAAAUCCAUUUUGCUGGACUCUCUUAAUCCCAUUGACUUUCAAAAAUGGAGGAGGAAACGUUUGCCCUGGAAGAUUUUCAAAUGCCUGAAGCUGCCAAUAGAGUUUCUGCUUCUGCUUUGUGUUCCCGUGGUUGAUUUUGAUCAAGAUGACCACAACUGGAAGCGCCCUCUGAACUGUCUACAAAUAGUUACUGGCUCACUUGUCUGCAUCCUUGCAUUUAAAUCUGGCCAUUAUGGAUUACUUCUCAUCCAUGGCCAGUAUCCUGUAUGGGGUGUUGUUCUGGUGGUUACGUUGAUUUUAGCAGCUAUAAUUUUCUUCUCCACAAAGAAUGAGGAACCGCCGAAGUUUCACUGUGUAUUUGCUUUUGUUGGGUUUUUCUUCAGCAUCAUACUGAUCAACAGUAUAGCUAUUGAGAUCGUCAAUCUUUUGCGCUCCAUUGGAAUCAUUUUUAACCUGAGUAAUACUGUUCUGGGAUUGACGUUACUUGCCUGGGGAAACAGUAUUGGAGAUUUGUUCUCUGACAUCACAGUGGCCCGACAAGGAUACCCACGUAUGGCUAUUGCUGCGUGCUUUGGGGGGAUAAUAUUUAAUAUGCUGUUUGGUAUUGGCCUAAGCUCUCUAAUUGAAAUGCCCUACAAUAAUAACAUUCUUGAGAUCAAACGUGAAGGCCUCCUGGAUUGGAUUCUAGUUGGAUCACUGGGCUUAAGUCUUGUAAUGUCAUUUGUAUUUAUCCCACUUCAAGGUUUUAAAUUCACACGGUCAUAUGGAAUUAUUCUAGUUUCAUUUUAUGUAUUAUUUGUUAUAAUAGCACUACUGACUGAAGCUGAAAUUAUACAUAUUUAAAAUAGUUUCCCUUGCAUGGACUGAUGGAAAUGAAUUGUUCUAGCACAUUUUGUACACAGUUUUGUUUAAAUUAUAGUCUUCUGUCAGAUAUCUGAAACUAAAUAUUUAGCUGGACGGUGGGUAGAAAAGAUACUAAACAGAAUUUGCACAUUACUUUUGACUUCAAAUCUCUUGUUUAACAGAAUUGCCAAUUAGUGUUUAUGUAUGUCUGAGAUUGAGAAAGAAGUUAAAGUAUUCUAUGAACAGAGGCUGCUUCACUUGAUUAUGGACCAUAAAACACUGAGCACUAAUGGAAUGCAAGGACCGUUGCUACUUUUGCAAAAAUGUUUUUCCACCCCCUUAAAGAAAAACUUUUUUUUCACCACAAGUCUCUAUUACUGAAGCUGGAAUUCAGUCACUCACUUGGAUUAGAGAGUGCAGAUCUCCUGAUCUUGCACUUCACUAGUUUACGAAUUGAGUAAUUAAGCACCUUUUUGCACUAUUGUACAUAAUUUUUUUUUAAGUUGUCUCAAAUCUUGACACUUCCUGAUUGGAAUGGGAACGAAGGGAAAUAAUUUUUCAAAUAAGAUUUGCUGUAGAGUUUGUGCAGCCUGUGCACCAUGCUUGACUUCAGAACUGAAUUUUACAUUCCAUGAUAAAUUGCUGUUGUACAACUUUUUAUUUGUGAAAUAAAUUUUAAUAUUUAAG